CUUUCGCAGCGAGCGCUUCGUUUCGAGAACUUCGAACCGGGUUUCCGCUAUUUACCGUUAGUUAGCCGAGUUAGCCAAAACAAGGCCCGAUCCGCAUAUAGACCGCAUAUAUAGUAGACUCGAUCCGAUUCGGUGAGAAGAUGUCGGACGUGCCACGAAUGCUGCUGCUCCUCCUGGCCGUCGUCCUGCCCCAAAGGCUUCCUUUCGUCGCCGGAGGAUCCUGCCGGGAGGCGCAGCUCUGCUGCAACGGCAGAGACUCGUCCUGCGUCGUCCAGAAGGCUCCCAUCAACGCCAUCAUCGAGGACCUCAGCGACAAGCCCUGCUACUGCGACCACGCCUGCCUCAAGCUCGGCGAUUGCUGCGUCGACUUCAAGGACCACUGCGGAGUGCUGGACUGCCAGGUGGGCGAUUGGGGGGCCUGGAGCGAUUGCGACAAGAGCUGCGGCACCGGAAUGAUGACGCGGAAUCGCCAAGUGCUGCAGGCUGCCCAAAAUGGAGGCAAGCACUGCCCCACUUUGCAGCAGAAGCGCAGCUGCCAAGGAUAUAGAUGCCACGGUCACCACGACAAGAAGAUCCUGCGAGAAAUGGCCCUGCUCCUGCCAGCUGCACUUUCGCACAGCCACCACGUGAAUGAAAGCGGCGAAAGCCGACGGAAUCUGCGCACGCGCUACCGCGACUCCUACAAACACAACCAUGAUCACGACUACUGCGUGGAAUUCGAAGUAAUCAAAGCAUCGAAAGCCUGCCAUAAGCUGCCUCCUUAUAAUCUCAUGCUGGAAGGCGAUCGCAUAACGGUGCGCUGCGACCUGGAGGCGUUGGUCCAGGACACCGCCGGCAGCUCCACCACGGCCAGGACGACCCCGAGCUCCACCACAGCGGCCACCACUCUGGUGGCCUUUGGGCAGCGGGCGGAGGAGCUGGAUGAGGAGCGGCGGCAGAACAGCAGCGGCAGCGACGAGGAGACGGAGGCGGAGGCGGAGGAGGAGCAGGAGGAGGAGGAGCAGCAGCAGCAGGAGCAGGAGCAGGAGGAGGAGGAGCAGGACGAGCUGUCGAACAACUUGGACACGGACAACGAGAGCAACGAGAGCUCCGCCGACUACCGCCACCAGCGGCAGAUGCAGCAGCAGCAGCAGCAGCAGCAGCAGCAGAUGCAGUUGCAGUCGCAGUUGCAGCACAGAGGACGCAACGCCGGAAGGCGCAGCGCCGUGCCGGCCACGCCCCCGCCAACGCUGGCUCCCACCUACCACUCGGGGGAGGGGCUGGCCGGACGCACGACACGCUGGAGCGCGCUGCCGGCGCCGUCGUGCCGCGGCAAGUGGCUCCGCCUGACCGUCGGACCGCCCAAGAAGUGCAGCCACGCCCAGUUUAUCUUCGUCUAAGGCGUCGCCGUCGCCGUCGCCAUCGGUGAUCAUUUUUUUUUCUCCCCCUCCCUUCGCGUGUAGGCUAUGGUGUACGGCCCCGCCCCCCU